AAGUUCUAUGACCCAGGCACCAUAUAACGUGUUGGAUUUCCCCCCUCCCAUAAGCUCAUUCGGAAACAUAAAAUAGCACACUCGUUCUUUUUACGGCCAGAAACGUUUGCAUGCCCAAUAUUUAGCAUGACAGGAGCAGUGUGGACGAGGCAAGGCAGUCGGGUUAUCCAAAGCAUACAGAACGCGUCCAGCAGAAGAAGCCACACUGCGCUCAAAUCCGAGUAUGACGUGCUGGUAAUCGGAGGAGGACACAAUGGAUUGGUGGCGGCUGCAUAUCUCCAGAAAGGAGGGCUGCAGACAGCGGUGCUCGAACGUCGCCACGUCUUGGGGGGAGCCGCCGUUACAGAAGAACUGUUCCCCGGGUUUCACUUUUCCAGGUGUUCAUAUUUGCUUAGUUUGUUCAGACCCCACAUCUAUGAAGACCUGGAACUCAAGAAACACGGGCUGAAGAUCUACAGGAGGAACCCCCAUGCAUUCAGCCCUAUGCUGGAGGACGGGGUGGGGGGAGCGCCCCCCCGAUCCCUCACGCUCGGCUCAGACAUGGUCCUGAACCGGAAGGAGAUUGGAAAGUUUUCCCAGAAGGAUGCCAUGGCCUAUGGAGAGUUUAAUGCUUAUUUGGAUAAGCUUGCCUCAGCGGCUCAACCUCUCCUAGACGCCCCCCCAGUGGACAUCAUAGGUCUGACCUCAGGUUCCCUGAGAACCAGAAUCACAGCGGCCAAGACUUUGAUGCCACUGGUCAAAUGUGGCCUGAAACUUGGAAAGAACAUCCCAGACUUCUAUGAGAUCGUCACAGCGCCGAUAAUGAAGAUCCUUAACCAGUGGUUUGAGUCUGAGCCACUGAAGGCAACGCUGGCUACCGAUGCUGUCAUCGGAGCCAUGACCAGUCCAUACAACCCGGGUAGUGGGUAUGUGCUCCUGCAUCACGUGAUGGGGGAGUUGGAGAAGGAGAAGGGCUCAUGGGGUUAUGUGGAAGGAGGCAUGGGAGGCGUGUCCAAUGCCAUCGCCAGCUCCGCCCGCUCCCAUGGGGCUUCAAUCUUCACUGAAAAGGAUGUACAGGAGAUUCUGGUUGGUCCAGAUGGGGUGGCAAAGGGCGUGGUUCUGAAGGACGGCUCAGAGAUCCACAGUAAACUGGUUCUGUCCAAUGCUACGCCCUACGUCACCUUCAAGAAGCUCACGCCACAGGCUUCCCUAUCUCCAGAGUUCAUCAAAGCCAUUGAUCAAUUUGAUUACACCUCCCCUGUCACCAAGAUCAACGUUGCUGUAGACAAACUGCCCAACUUCCUGGCGGCGCCCAGCCCAGAUGGGAAGCCGGGCCCACACCAUCAGUGCUCCAUCCACCUCAACUGUGAAAGUGUGGAAGUACUGGAGACUGCUUACAAAGAGUCCAUCAACGGAAAGUAUUCAACAAGGCCAAUGUUGGAGAUGACCAUCCCCUCUGUGCUGGAUCCCACUCUAGCACCCCCUGGUGCCCAUGUUGUGUCAUUCUUCACCCAGUUCACCCCCUACUAUUUAGAAGGCAAGGAAUGGACCGAUCAGGACAAGGAAGCAUAUGCCGAUCUCGUGUUUGACUGGGUGGAGCAAUACGCCCCAGGGUUCAAGAGCUCGGUGGUGGGCCGGGAUAUCCUCACUCCCCCUGAUCUGGAGAGGAUCUUCGGGCUAACCGGAGGGAAUAUCUUCCAUGGAUCGAUGUCAUUGGACCAGCUCUACCUGGCACGACCUUUGCCCUGCCUGUCCAACUACCGCACACCUAUCAAAGGGCUGUACUUGUGUGGCAGUGGCUGUCAUCCAGGUGGGGGGGUGAUGGGGUCCCCCGGCUGGAAUGCUGCUCUGGCCGUCAUGGCCGACAUGAAACGUAGCUAGAUGGCAUUACCAGAGAGACGGCAACAACGUUUGGAUCUUGUACCAAUGAUUUGACCGUCAAACAUCUUGGGGGUUGAUGGAGACCCGUGGAAGACCACAUGCUGGUGUUAACACUGAGAUCGACACAUCCCCUCCCUCAAAAUAGAGUGUGUAAAGUGCCCGAUACCAUAAACUGUGCUAAUGUGAGGGUUUGGAGACAUAACAAUGGGUCAAAUUACAAGUAAAAUCUUGUUAAAUUAAUACAAGAGCAUUAAACUUAAAUAAAUAAGUCCUGGUCAGACAUUAACUGAUGAAUAUAGCCAAUCAGUGACACAAGAUAUGCUAAUUGAAUUAACUAACUGAAAGUCAAAUGUGUAUAACUAUUAUAGCUUCCCAGUUGCCUCCUGACUCCUACUAAUUACUGGGAAUUAUUAUUGUUUACAUUUGUAUCAAUAAAUUCAGGUUGAAAAUGAAA